AUGACAGAAUCAUACCCUCCUCCCAGCUAUAGCCCGGAUGAUUACAACUCCUUCUUACCACCAUACUAUCCGUCUUCAACAGGCACUUACACAACUACAAUCACAGCGGAAUCCUUCUCGCCAAAUCAAUCCGCCUACGAAACACAGUCCCCCUACGCCAGCCAAUUCUCCCAGUUUCCCCCAGAAGCAUCGAAAAACAUCAUCGAUGCAUAUGCCUAUACCGUUCCCGCUGAACUCUACACCUACGCCUACCUCCCCCCUCAACCUCUGUACCUCGACCAGCCCGCCUUCCCUUGGGCAGAGGCAACCCCGCACCCCAGCCCAGACGCACCAUUCUCCAAACCAGCCUCCCCGCUCGCCACCGACUCACCCCAAACAAACACCAUCAAACGCCAACGCUACCUCCACAAGAACCGCGUGGCGGCGACGAAAUGCCGCUCCAAGAAAAAGCAGUACAUCCAGCAACUGCAAUCCCGCUUCGAGGCCCUAUCGCUUGCGAAACGCGAGCUGCAGUACCAGGUGCAGACGCUGCGGGAUGCAUUGCUCUCGCUGAAGGAGGAGUUGGUGCGGCAUGCAAGGUGUGGGGAUGGGCCGAUUACGAGUUAUAUCGAGAAGAGGAGGGCGCGGUGUACUUGAUUCCGUUUCUUCUGUGGAUGUGGAAAGGAAGGGAAGAAAAGAAAAGUGCUUGGUGUAUUAAAAAGCUGGGCGCUUUUGUGUUUUAUGGCAUGGUGGUGAUUUGAUGGGUGGAUUUUGUGGGGGUUUUGUACGGUACUCGUUGCAUAUAGGGUCAAUAUACUGGAUUGUAUCGUU